CCCAGGCCUCGGAAAGAGUGCCCGGGGAUCCAAAUGUACAGGCCGCAUUUAUCUUAGUGUCGAAAAAUAAACCCAAACAAUAACAGACACAACCGAGAAAGGAAACAUAUCAACGAUCCAUUUGAAGGAGUCCAUAAUAAGGGUUCUCUCUCCCAAUGGAAGGAAGACACACCAGCAACACACUGUUCUUAUUUUAGAGUGCAUUGUCAUCAAAUGUGAAGCUUUUUUUAAGAUCAAAGAGAUGGACCACGGUGGAGGGAUCCUGGAGCUACAUACACAGGAGUUAAAGAUGCCUCACACCAUGAUCAUGCAAGACUUUGUGGCAGGAAUGAGGGGCCUGGCCCACAUCGACGGGGAUCACAUUUUGGUGUCUGUGCCUGAGGGCAUGCUCCUGUCUGACGUCAUGACAGACGAAGGCAUCCUGCUGGAGCACGGCCUGGAGGUGCAGGGCCUCGAGACGGAGGUGGAGGUGGAAGGCCUAGAGACGGAAGUUGAAGGCUUUGGAGCGGAGGUGGUGGAGCUAGAGACACAGAUGGUUGAGGGCCUCGAGACAGAGGUGGUUGAAGGCCUGGAGGUCGAGGCCCUGGAGGCGGAGGUGGAAGUCGAGGGCCUUGAAGCAGAGGUAGAGGUUCUAGGGGAAUAUCUAGAGACUGAGGUGAUUGAAGGCCCUGACAUCGGACACGAACACUUGCUGGGUUCCGAAGUGGCCAUCGAGGAGGCUAUAGACUCUCACCAUCACCAUGUUCUAACAUCAGACCUCAUCCAGGGCUCAGUCCACCAUCACCACCACCACAUGCCAGACCAGCUUUUUGUGGAGCACCAGGAGGAGGAGGAGGACGGGUUGGAGGGCUUGGACCAGGAGGUGUUGGUGGGGGAGGAGGAGACAGUGAUCCAGGCCCACGAGGAGCUGCCGGUGGACGUGGAGGCUGUCUCUCUGCAGACUGAUGAGGAGGACUACCUCAUGAUCUCCUUGGAUGACGUUGGUGAGAAGCUGGACAGAGGAGACACUCCUCUAGAGAUCACUACUGAGGUGAUGCAUGAUGAAGACUCCAACAAGGAGGGGUCCGAGGUCAUCAAGGUCUACAUCUUCAAAGCCGAGGCUGAUGAUGAUGUGGAGAUAGGUGGGACCGAGGUGGUGUCUGAAAGUGACUGCCAUAACAGCCACCAUGCUGGGUCGGAGUCUGGGGGAGGAGGCAGACAUGGCCGGGGGGAGAGGAUGGUCUACAUGGCUGUGAAGGACCACGCCCAGUCAGAGGAAGAUAUCAAUGUGUCAGACGUGGCUGAGCAGGUGUACAUGGAGGUGAUUGUAGGAGAGGAGGACGCCUCUGCAGUCCAGGAGAACCAGCUAGAUGACUCUCCAAACAGCAAGAUGUUAGUCCCUGUCUCCUGGGCUGCUGCCUACGAUAACAACAGUGUGGACACGGUGAGAAAUGGAGGGACCAGGCCAUACCUUCAGAUCAGAGACGGUCAGGGCACCAACAGAGCCCUCAAACAGAAGAUCAAGAAGAAGAAGAGGAAUGGCGAGACACGGCAGUGCCAGACCGCUGUGAUCAUCGGUCCAGACGGCAUGCCCCUGACCGUCUACCCCUGUCACAUCUGUGGUAAGAAGUUCAGGUCACAAGGCUUCCUCAAGUGCCACAUGAAGAACCAUCCUGACCACCACCUUAAGAAGUACCAGUGUACCGACUGUGACUUCACCACCAACAAGAAGGUCAACUUCCACAACCACCUGGAGUCCCACAAGCUACUGGUCCAUCGCAGUGACAGAGACAGAACCUCUUCCCCAGACUACCCAGAAUACAACAGGACCACCCCAGAGUACCCAGAAUACAACAGGACCACCCCAGAGUACCCAGAAUACAACAGGACCACCCCAGAGUACACAGAAUACAACAGGACCACCACAGAGUACACCCGGCGUUACCACGAAGACAGCCAGCUAGGGUCUAACAAGCUGAUCCUGAGGGACAAGGAGUCCAAACUGCACCACUGUAAGUACUGUGACUAUGAGACUGCAGAGCAGGGGCUCCUCAACCGCCACCUAUUGGCCGUUCACAGCAGGAACUUCGCCCACGUGUGCGUGGAGUGCACUAAAGGCUUCCGUCACCCGUCAGAGCUCAAGAAGCACAUGCGGACCCACACGGGGGAGAAGCCGUACUGCUGCCCGCACUGUGACUUUCGCUGUGCAGACCAGUCCAACCUAAAGACUCACAUCAAGAGCAAGCACGGUGCCGACCUGCCUUUUAAGUGUGGCCACUGCCCCCAGGCCUACGCUGACGUAGGGGAGCUGCAGCGGCACACAGAGAUGGUGCAGGGCCACAAGACCCACCAGUGUCCCCACUGUGAACACAAGAGCACCAACUCCUCUGAUCUAAAACGACACGUCAUAUCUGUUCACACCAAAGACUUCCCUCACCAGUGUGACGUGUGUGAGAAGGGCUUCCACCGGCCCUCUGAGCUGAAGAAACACUCAGAGACGCACAAGGGCAGCAAGGUGCACCAGUGCAGGCACUGUAACUUCACGACCUCUGACCCUUUCACCCUCAGCAGACACAUCCUGUCCGUUCACACCAAGGACCUCCCCUUUAAGUGUAAACGCUGCCGACGAGGGUUCCGCCAGUCCACGGAGCUGAAGAAACACAUGAAGACCCACAGCGGGAGGAAGGUGUACCAGUGUCAGUACUGCGAGUACAACAGCCCGGACGCUUCAGGAUUCAAACGCCACGUGAUCUCGAUCCACACCAAGGAAUACCCCCACUGCUGUGACUACUGUUGUAAAGGCUUCCGAAGGCCCUCGGAGAAGAGCCAGCACAUAGCCAGACAUCACAAAGAUAUGCUGAUGGAGCGUUGUUAAUACAAUGUUGACACAACGUUACCCGGACAGACAGACUGGCACACUCACUCCUUAGUCUACGUAGACCUGAUUCACACGACAAAGGAGGAACACGUUUAGGCAGUUGAUAAGGAUGGAAUGGUACAUUUCGACUGCUAGCGAUGAUAACAUUCUGACUGUUUCUCUUUUUCUACUGGUUGUAUAGAGUAGGAAGAGGUCUCACCAGACCCCCCCCCAAUUCCCUCUCCCCCAGGCGUAAUCAAACUAAGCAUGUGGUGGAAGUUGGUGAAGUUUAAAACCAGUGUAUAUGUUGUCAGUGGUGCGCCUGUCACUCAUUCUGUAUUUAUUUAUCUGCAGAGAGGAUUCACCAUAUGAUUAACAUUUUUUUUUUCAGGGUCUCAAAAUAUGUCUGUGUCUAUUCCUGUUGAAUAUCUGGAAGAAAGAAAUGGACAGAAGUCCUCUAAUAUAGGAAGUGGUUAUUUGAGAACAUCAUUCAGGCCUGUUCUUCUCUAUCUCACCAGACUGUAUCUGGAUCAAACUAGUGCAUACUGUAUCUGGAUCAAACUAGUACAUACUGUAUCUGGAUCAGACUACUGUAUCAAACUAGUGCAUACUGUAUCUGGAUCAAACUAGUGCAUACUGUAUCUGGAUCAAACUAGUGCAUACUGUAUCUGGAUCAAACUAGUGCAUACUGUAUCUGGAUCAAACUAGUGCAUACUGUAUCUGGAUCAAACUAGUGCAUACUGUAUCUGGAUCAAACUAGUGCAUACUGUAUCUGGAUCAAACUAGUGCAUACUGUAUCUGGAUCAAACUAGUGCAUACUGUAUCUGGAUCAAACUAGUGCAU